AUGGCUUCUCCUCCUCCAUCAAAACUCGAUCGCGAGACGAAUACGCCCUUCCUCCUCAGGCUCUUCUACAGGAACGGUGCAUUUCACAAUCCUUCUGAUUUCUCGCCCACAUCCGAGCUCCCUCCACAUGUACAGAUCUACACCUGGCCAUCGUGUACCCUUCGCGAACUAUCUCACUUGCUCACCUCCGCGCUCCCUUCUCUCCUCCCCGAACCGGCAAUCGGCACGCGACUCUCCUACCGUCUCCUCUACCCCGAUACGCGCAGCACAGGCUCGGGCUCUGCGCCAGGACCCCCAAAAUACGUAACCAAGGAGCUUGGGAGUGUGAUUAUAGGCGAAGGCGGACCGGGGAUCCUGCCAGAUGAGGAGGAGACUGGUAUUGCGAGAGGGGGGCAGAUGACAGGGCCGCUGGGAGGAGAGCCGGAGAAGACGCUGCAGGAUGCGAGGUUUGUGAUUGGGGAUUAUGUGUGCUGUGCUAUUGUGCCGCCGAUGGACAAUGGCCGUGUUGGGCCUCCACCGACUGGGCCUUCGAGGAGUGAUUUUGGGGGUAGGGGUGACUUUGGAGGGAGAGGGAUGGGGCCUCGGGAGAAUGGAUUUGGUGGUGGUGGUGGAUACAGGGGGAGAGGGGGUCUUCGAGGAGGAGGAGGGAAUUUUGGACAAGUCUACGUGCCUUCUGGGGAGUGGCGGAGAGGAGAGCCAGUACCGGAAGGUCCAGCAGGUGGAAGGAGUCGAGGCGGGGGCUUUGGCGGGGGAUUUGGAGGAGGCUUUGGUGGAGGCAAAGGGGGAAGGUAUUGA